AAAAGAAAAAGAAGGAAGGUGCUCAGAAAAAGGCUGCUGAUCAAAAAACCAAAGUGCCAGAACCUACUAAGACCUGUUCAAGCCAGCCCCAGCCUGCCGGUACCAGUACCAGUACUUCCACCAGCACUGUCUCUAACAGCAGCAAUGGCAAACGUGCAUCUGCCAGUGGCCAGCAGCCAGCUGCCUCCCGUUACCUGCCCCGCGAGGUGCCUCCACGCUUCCGCCAGCAAGAACAGAAGCAGCUGUUAAAGAGAGGUCAGCCACUGCCUCCAGGGACGCUGACCAGUGUGAGCCCAACUCAGGGGGCUGGGCCUGCAGGGCUGAGCCCUCCUCCCCUCCCUGGAGCCGGAACGCAGCAUUAUCCCAGUAAGCUCCAACCAGAUCUCAAUCACAGUGGAUUGGCAGAUCAUUAUGAAAACCCCCACUGGGGACAGCAGCCCACUUACCGAAGCGAAGCCAACUGCGGCUGGGAUAAAGUGAUAAUAGACAGGACCGACCAGGAGGCGUGGCCGUCCAUCACAGGGACAGAGACGGAACCUGCCUCAGAAUGUACUACAGACACUGACUCUGCCUCCAGCGGUGGCGCCGAGAACAGUAGCAUGGCUACAGGGGGUGCCCAGGGCAGCUUCGCUGGACAGUCCAAGAAGACGAACGGCAAUAAUGGCGCCAGCGGCGCACUCGUCCAAAGCCCUUCUAAUCAGAGUGCCCUUGGAGCUGCGGGAGUGAACGGGAGCGGCGGUGCGGCCAGGGUGUGGGGUGUAGCCGCAGGCUCCGGCGCUGGCCUGGCCCGCUGCGCCGUCAGUGGCGGGGAUGGGAAGAUGGACACCAUGAUUGGAGAUGGGAGAAGCCAGAGCUGCUGGGGGGCUGCCAGCUCCAACGCUGGCGUUAAUCUGAACCUUAACCCGAAUGCCAACCCCGCUGCCUGGCCUGUACUUGGACAUGAAGGAACUGUGGCCGCAGGCAGCCCGUCCAGUAUUUGCAGCCCAGUCAGUGCCAUCGGUCAGAGCAUGGGCAGCCAGAACGGGAGCCCAGCGGGCAGUGGAGGUGCUUGGGGAAACUUGCUGCCGCAGGAGAGCACGGAAGCUCAGACGCCCGCUCCUCAGAAUGUGUCUUUCAGCGUACAACCUCAGAACCUUAACACUGACGGACCAAAUAACACUAACCCCAUGAACUCGCCCCCGAACCCGAUCAGUGCACUGCAGACCAACGGACUGCCGAACUGGGGCAUGGCUGUUGGCAUGGGGGGCGUCAUCCCGCCCCACCUGCAAGGCCUUCCUGGUGCUAAUGGAUCAUCAGUUUCUCAAGUCAGCGGGGGUGGUGGUGAAGGAGUGAGCAAUUCUGUGUGGGGACUGUCCCCAGGUAACCCUGCCACAGGAAAUACCAAUUCUGGGUUCAAUCAGGGGAAUGGAGACACUGUGAACUCAGCAUUAAGUGCUAAACAGAAUGGGUCCAGCAGCGCUGUGCAAAAGGAGGGAGGUGGCGGGAACGCUUGGGAUUCGGGGCCUCCGGCUGGUCCCGGGAUACUUGCUUGGGGAAGGGGCAGUGGCAGCAAUGGUGUCGGUAAUAUCCAUUCGGGAGAGCGGGGCCACCCCAGCCGAAGCACCUCCAAUGGUGUGAAUGGGGAGUGGGGCAAGCCCCCCAACCAGCAUUCCAGCAGUGACGUCAAUGGGAAAGGGUCGACAGGGUGGGAUGGUCCUGGUGUCAGCCAGAGCCCUGCCGCGCAGCCUGGUGGCGAACACAUGAACUCUUGGGCCAAAGCUGCGUCUUCGGGAACUGCAGCAAGCGAAGGCAGUAGCGAUGGGUCUGGCAGUCACAAUGAAGGAAGCACCGGGCGGGAAGGGACGGGCGAAGGCCGCAGGCGAGAGAAAGGGGUCGCAGACCAAGGGCACAUCCAGUUGCCACGGCACGACCUUGACCCCAGAGUCCUGUCUAACACUGGCUGGGGACAGACUCCUGUGAAGCAAAACACUGCCUGGGAAUUUGAAGAAUCCCCUCGAUCCGAAAGGAAAAAUGACAAUGGGACAGAGGCCUGGGGGUGUGCAGCUACUCGGCCUUCCAGCUCAGGGGGGAAGAGCGAUGGGCCCAUCCCGAGCGGUGCAGACUCUUCAGUGUCGGGGGGGGCCGGGCCGCCCGCUCGCCGCGCGGCCUCGCGUCCUGCCGCCACGCCAGCAAGUGCUGGCUGGGGAGACGGCCGCGGCAAAGGGCCCAGCGGCCCUGGGGCCUGGGGGGACUCCAUGAGCGCUGCUGCCGUCACGAACGCUGCUGCUGCCAAGGGCGGCCAUGCCUGGAGCGGGGCCGGGAAUCCAGACGACAAGCCGCCCACCUGGGGAGAGCCUCAGAAGCCCAAAUCCCAGAACUGGGCUGAGGGGCAGAGGUCGAACCCUGCCUGGAGUGCAGCGGGGGGAGACUGGGCAGAUUCCUCGGCCGUCCUUGGACACUUGGGGGACGGGAAGAAAAACGGAUCUGGAUGGGAUGCUGAGAGUAGUAGAUCAGGGUCUGGUUGGAGUGAUGCCACACGAUCCGGGACCGGGGGCUGGGGCAGUGGCACCAGCGCAAAAGUUAAUCCAGGUACAAACUGGGGGGAGUCUUUAAAACCUGGUCCCCAACAGAACUGGGCCAACAAGCCCCAGGACAGCAAUGUGAGUAACUGGGGAGGAGCUGCUUCUGUUAAACAGACCGGAGCAGGGUGGGUUGGGGGGCCAGUCCCAGUCAGGCCCAAGGACAGCAGCGAGCCCACUGGCUGGGAAGAGCCCUCUCCGCCAUCCAUUCGACGCAAAAUGGAGAUCGAUGACGGAACCUCAGCUUGGGGGGACCCAAGCACCCACAACAAUAAAACUGUAAACAUGUGGGACAGGAACAACCCAGUCAUCCAGAGCAGUGCCACGGCCACCAGCGGCAGCAGCAGCAGCGGUGGCAACGGGGGCGGCAGCACGCACAGGGUCGAGACGCCCCCGCCCCAGGCCGGUGCCCCGCUGAGCCGGUCGCCGCUGCUGGGUCCAGUUUCAUCAGGCUGGGGAGAGAUGCCUAGUGUUCACGCGAAGGCUGACCACUCUUGGGGAGAGCCCUCGUCCCCUUCCCCGCUGGUGGACAACGGUACAGCAGCAUGGGGGAAGCCGCCCAGCAGUGGCAGCGGGUGGGGAGAGCAACCUGCCGAGCCAGCCGCCGUGGCGUUCGGGAGGGCCGCUCCCGCCGCUGCCCCAGCCCUGUGCAAACCAGCUUCCAAAUCUAUGCAAGAAGGCUGGGGCAGUGGUGGGGAUGAGCUGAGCCUCGGUACCAGCCAGUGGGAGGAUGAAGAAGGAGACGUGUGGAAUAACGCUGCUUCCCAGGAGAGCACCUCCUCCUGCAGCUCCUGGGGGAACACCUCCAAGAAAGGACUUCAGAAGGGCCUGAAGACAUCCGGCAAGCAGGACGAGGCCUGGGUCAUGAGCCGGCUGGUCAGACAGCUCACCGACAUGGGCUUCCCGAGAGAGCCAGCUGAAGAGGCCUUGAAGAGUAACAACAUGAACCUGGACCAGGCCAUGAGCGCUCUGCUGGAAAAGAAGGUGGACGUGGACAAGCGUGGGCUGGGAGUGGCUGACUACAAUGGAAUGGUCACCAAGCCCCUUGGCUGCCGCCCACCCAUCUCCAAAGAGUCUUCCAUGGACCGCCCCGCCUUUCUUGACAAGGAUGGCGGCCUUGUGGAGGAGCCCACGACCUCACCGUUUUUGCCUUCCCCAAGCCUGAAGCUCCCCCUCUCCAACAGUGCACUCCCCGGUCAGGCCCUGGGCGGGAUCGCCUCAGGGCUGGGCAUGCAGAACUUGAACUCCUCUAGACAGAUACCGAGUGGCAGUCUGGGCAUGUUUGGCAAUAGCGGAGCAGCACAAGCCAGGACCAUGCAGCAGCCGCCGCAGCCACCAGUGCAGCCUCUUCACUCCUCCCAGCCCAGUCUCCGUGCUCAAGUGCCUCAGUUUCUAUCCCCUCAGGUUCAAGCACAGCUUUUGCAGUUUGCAGCAAAAAACAUUGGUCUCAACCCUGCACUAUUAACCUCGCCAAUUAAUCCUCAGCAUAUGACGAUGUUGAACCAGCUCUAUCAGCUGCAGCUGGCGUACCAACGUUUACAAAUCCAGCAGCAGAUGUUACAGGCCCAGCGUAAUGUUUCCGGACCCAUGAGACAACAGGAGCAGCAAGUUGCGCGCACAAUCACUAAUCUGCAGCAGCAGAUCCAGCAGCACCAGCGCCAGCUGGCCCAGGCCCUGCUAGUGAAGCAGCCGCCACCGCCGCCGCCACCUCCGCCGCACCUGUCUCUGCACCCCUCUGCAGGCAAAUCGGCCCUGGAUGGCUUCCCCCCUCACCCCCAGGCGCCCGGCCUCCCUGACCUGCAGACCAAAGAGCAGCAGUCUUCACCCAACACCUUUGCUCCUUACCCUCUCGCUGGACUGAACCCCAACGUGAAUGUCAGCAGCGUGGACAUGACCGGCAGUUUGGCGGGGAAGGACCCGUCCCAGUCUCAGUCACGCCUCCCUCAGUGGACGCACCCAAACGCGGUGGAGGGCCUGUCCAGUGCUGCUUCUCCCCUGGACCCGAACCCCAGCAAGCAUGGUGCUAUUCCUGGAGGUCUGAGCAUCGGGCCUCCAGGUAAGUCCUCCAUCGACGAGUCCUACAGCCGGUACGAUUUAAUCCAGAGCAGUGAGUCACCAGCCAGUCCUCCCGUAGCUGUUCCCCAUAGCUGGGCACGUGCCAAGUCUGACAGUGACAAAAUCUCGAACGGCUCCAGCAUCAGCUGGCCCCCAGAGUUCCAUCCUGGAGUUCCCUGGAAAGGACUUCAGAACAUUGAUCCUGAGAAUGACCCCGACGUCACCCCUGGCAGUGUCCCCACCGGACCUACCAUCAACACCACCAUCCAGGAUGUCAACCGCUACCUCCUCAAGAGUGGAGGUAAACUGUCAGAUAUUAAAUCAACGUGGUCCUCUGGCCCAGCCUCCCACACUCAAGCCUCUCUGUCUCAUGAACUGUGGAAGGUGCCCAGAAACACCACUGCACCCACGAGGCCACCUCCAGGGUUAACCAAUCCCAAGCCUUCCUCCACCUGGGGCGCCAGCCCCCUCGGCUGGACCAGCUCCUAUUCCUCGGGUUCUGCCUGGAGCGCCGACACCUCAGGAAGAACUAGCAGCUGGCUCGUUCUUCGCAACCUCACGCCCCAGAUCGACGGCUCCACCCUGCGCACGCUGUGUUUGCAGCAUGGGCCUCUCGUCACCUUCCACCUGAAUCUGACCCAGGGCAACGCCGUGGUCCGGUACAGCUCCAAGGAGGAGGCCGCCAAGGCCCAGAAGUCUCUGCACAUGUGUGUUCUGGGAAACACCACCAUCCUGGCCGAGUUCGCCGGCGAAGAGGAAGUCAAUCGAUUCCUAGCGCAAGGCCAAGCACUGCCAACCACCUCCAGCUGGCAGUCCAGCGGCGGGACCAGCCAGCCGCGGCUGGGCGCCUCGGGCAGCUCCCACGGCCUGGUGCGCAGCGAUGCCGGCCACUGGAACGCCCCAUGCCUGGGGGCCAAGGGGAACAGCGAGCUGCUGUGGGGUGGGGUGCCCCAGUACUCCAGCAGCCUGUGGGGCCCGCCCAGCGCCGACGAUGGCAGGGUGAUCGGAAGCCCCACCCCGCUGAACACCCUGCUGCCCGGAGACCUGCUCAGCGGGGAGUCCAUCUAGGCGCCGGGGACGGCUGGCCCUCACGCCUGCCAGCGGCCGCCCUCUGAGUACCUCUGUCUAGGACUGAGACGAACUCGGCCAGCCCUUGCGAACUGUUUCCAAGACAGUGCGGGCUGCGUCCGGUCAGUGUCACAUGCUAACGACAGGACGUUCCUCAUAGCUUUUUAUUUUGUGUUGUCUUACGUUUUCGGUGUGUCGUCAUUGGGUUUUACGUAUUAAAGCUGCUUAGAGUAGUUCUAUCAUGAAGGGCACUUUUCAGAUCGUGGGCCGGAAAGGGUUAUUUUAUCGUGGGGGGAGGGAGGGAGACGUGAAGCCUAACGAAGACGAGCCUGUGACGAUUAUGCACAUGACCAGAGGCGGCAGGGCCAGGACGCGCCGGCCGCCCGCCCGCUGCCCCCGCGCCGCCUAUGCACAUUACCCUUGUUUCAUUAGUUUUCAUGUCAUUUUUUAUCCCAAAAAAUAUUUUUUAAAAGUUAAAAAAAAAAAAGACAUAUCAAACACACAAAUACUUGAAUCCAGUAGGCCAAUAAUGAAAUGUGAACAUUGCUGACUCUACACUUCCAGGUUGGCGUCAGUACACAGAAACAGGCUCUAGGAAAAUCUCUCAGUUCAUAGCCUCUGUGUGUGUGUGUGUGCGUGUGUGCGCGUGCGCCCGUGUGUGCUCCGGCACCGUGCGCGCGGUUUCUGUGUGUGUGAGGGAUUUGACUGUGGGUUUUCCCUUGUAUUCAGUAUACGCUUUUUUUCUUUGUGGCUCCUUGGUCAGACGUUUGCUGUUGUUAGCUUCUAACUUUGCACUGAGUGUCCUUGCCCUCCCUUCAGCUAAUCCCAUACGUGACAGAUUCACAGGACGGGGCUGGUGACAAUUCACGUGUAAAUGUUUACUCAAGGACUCUGUUACUGCGUUAAAAAUGACCGUGUGUGUCUCUGGAGAAGUAACGUGUGUACCUACCUUGAGCAGCUUGUACCGUGGACUAAUGCAAGAAGACUAUUGCCAGAGUGCUGCACCGUCUCUCCACGUGGAGUAUGAAGUUCAAGAGCAGAGCUGUUGUCGAACUGUGGCCAUACGUACUUGUGAAGGAGGGUGGUUCCGCGAGGGACGGGGACAAGCACUUGGACCUGGCUUGGGGCUGCUUUUGGAGGAGCCCAUGGUUGGGGCUCCCACCUGUUUACAGACCUUUUUUUCUCCUUCAGACUUUAAAAAUAAAAGUUUAAAAAGGAAUUAAAAAAAGAAAAAAGAAAAAAAAAAGACUUCUGUCGUAAAGAAACCUAUUUUCAAAUGCAGAUGCGCUACUUCAGAGCUCUGGGACUGGUCAGUGUUGUUCCCUCGCCGUCGUGGGCUGCCGACCCCCCGCCCUCCGUCGGGGUGGCGAGGCGUCGCGGUCACUGUCUUGCACAUGCCGGACGCGCUCUCAGGAAAGCCAGGGCUCCCGAGGGCAGCUCCACACCAUUUCAUGUAUUUUUAAACCCAACUCCUAGCACUGAAGAUGUUACUAAAAAAAUAACAAAAACAAAAACAAACAAACAAAAAAAACACAAAAAGAAAAAAAAAAGAAAAAAAGAAAAAAGAAAAAAAAAACACACAAAGAAGAAAAAUACCUAAUCUCUAAUGUGUAGCAGUUACAUAUUUACCAAAUAAUGGACUCAAAAGAAAUAGAUGUUUGAAGAGUGCUUUAUAUAUUAAAAAUUGCUUUAUGUUUUAAAAAUGAUCAAUGUUUUGAUUGUUUUGCAAGGAAGAAAGACAAUGGAGUAACAUACCCUCAAGUAUGUUUUAAAAAUAUAUAUGAACAUUGUGCUCCCUGCCUGCUCGAUCAGGAAACUUGUGCAUUACAUUUUAUUUAAAUUAGCUUUUUAAUGGUUUUAUCAAAACAAAAAAAAAAAUUAAAAGUUUUAAAAAAAGAGAGAGAGAGAGAAAGUCCUGCAAGAUUGCAGAUCAACAAAAGCUGGUUUUAUAGAGGAUCACGAACUAUGCACAGACGGGGUUCAAGACUCUCCUCCACUAGUGUACCUAGCCGGACGACCUUCCUCAGAACACCUGCAUCUCAUUGCCAUUACACGCAUUCGGUGUACCUGAUGCGCGUGCACCUGCAUCA